AUGAGCGGCUACUCACACUCCAACUCGCCCGAACUGGGCUGGGUUGUACAAAAAUUCGGCGGAACAAGCGUUGGUAAAUUUCCUGACAAGAUUGCGCACGAUAUCGUAAAAACAAGUUUGUCGCGGAAUCGAGUGGUGGUGGUAUGUUCUGCGCGAAGCACGGGGAAAAAGGCCGAGGGCACCACCAGUCGCUUAAUUGGUGUCUACGCCAUGCUCAAGGCUGUCGGCGCCGCCGCAAACGCCGAGGAGGAGCAGUUUGCACACAUGGACGAGGCCAAGAAGCUCAUCAAGGACAUUUGCAAAGAUCACGUCGCCGCCGCCGAGGCCUACGUCACCGAGCCCCUACUACGGCAAAAGCUCAUUACCCGUAUAGAGGCCGAGUGCCAGGAGCUCAUCGAGUACAUCAUCGCCACCAAGAGAUUCAACCUCGAGAUCAAUGCGCGCUCCAAGGACCGCGUUAUUAGCUUUGGCGAGAAACUGGCCUGUCUAUCCAUGACGGCCGUGCUACAGAAUAACGGCGUCGAUGCAGAAUACGUAGAUCUCGGUGACGUGCUGCACUGCGAGGCCGCGGACCCUCUCGACGCCAGCUUCUACAAGACGGCCGUCGAGGCCUUUCGCAAGAAACUCUGCGCAUGCGGAACCAAGAUCCCCGUCGUCACCGGCUUCUUCGGCAACGUGCCGGGCAGCCUCAUUGACGGCGACAUUGGCCGCGGCUACACGGACCUCUGCUCCGCGCUGUGCGCCGUCGGCCUGGGCGCCGAGGAGCUGCAGAUCUGGAAGGAAGUCGACGGCAUCUUCACGGCCGACCCGUCCAAGGUGCCGACGGCGCGCCUCCUGACCUCCAUCACGCCGUCGGAAGCCGCUGAGCUGACCUUUUACGGCUCCGAGGUCAUCCACCACCUCACCAUGGACCAGGUCGUGCGCGCCACGCCCCCGAUCCCGAUCCGCAUCAAAAACGUAAAGAACCCGCGCGGCACCGGCACCAUUGUGAUUCCGGACCCGAUCCUGUCGCCGUCGCACCAGCUGCACCGCUCGCGGUCGCUGGUCCACCUCGCCGACGGCCUGCACAAGCCGCCGAAGCGGCCGACGGCCGUCACCAUCAAGGACGACAUUAGCGUCAUCAACGUGCACUCCAACAAGCGCUCCCUCUCGCACGGCUUCUUUGCCCGCGUCUUCUCCAUCCUCGACAAGCACAGCAUCUCCGUCGACCUCAUCUCCACCUCCGAGGUGCACGUCUCCCUGGCCAUCCACUCGGCCAGCACCCGCAUCGACGCCUUUUCCAGCGCCAAGCGGAGCCUCGAGGAGUGCGGCGACGUCAGCGUGCUCUCCGACAUGGCCAUUCUGAGCCUCGUCGGCGCCGACAUGAAGAACAUGGUUGGCGUCGCCGGCAAGAUGUUUUCUACGCUGGGCGAGCAUAAUGUCAACUUGGAGAUGAUUUCUCAGGGUGCAAGUGAAAUCAAUAUUUCAUGCGUCAUUGAUGCCCGAGACGCCGAUCGGGCCAUGAAUGUUUUGCAUACACAUCUUUUUACCUUUUUAGACUAG